AGUCUAAUGUAUAACAUAAUUCCAGAUAACAGGAAACCAUGUUCUAACAGCUGCUGAUAGGAUCAGAGAAAUCAUCAAAUAAUGGGAGGCUGCUGCUGUUCAACUCGAAAAUCGCAUGUGAAUGGAACUCCAGUAUAUUACUAUUGCCCACUGGCUAUGGAGGAGCGCGAGUCAUCCGAAAUUCGUAGUGGCUCAGCCUCCAUGCUCCUUAAUGCAGGACAUGAUUCGGACCUGGAUCUAUCGAUACCGAACACUUAUCGAGCCCCUCCCACACCUCUCCCGUAUGACAUGGUUUUCAGAUGUCCACAGUCGAAAGAUUUUAACUCUAUUAAAGAAACAAUCUGUGGAUGUAGCUUUAAAACUUCACCAGCGGCGAAAAUUGUUGGGGAACCAGACAACAAGUCCCAAGACAGCCCUUUGCUUGGAGGCCCUCCACGGAAACUGGAACAUUCUAAGUUGAAGGGCAAUAAUACUCCGACUCUGGUCGCUGAAGAAGAGGAUGCCUGUCCCAUUUGUCUCGAAGAGUAUGAUUCAGAACAUCCAGAAAGUAUUACAAAAUGCAAGCACCACUUUCACCUGGCUUGCCUUCUCGAGUGGACUGAAAGAAGUGAUGCCUGUCCUAUCUGCGACGAGGAGAUGAUAUUUGAGCUAUCUUGAGUCUGCAGAAAUGAGAAACUUCUCUGGUCCUUGAAAUCAAGCUUGAGCUCUGUUCACCACUGGUGGGAAGUGCUUUUCCUUGUUCAAUUACAAGUUCAUUUUCAAAAUCUUGGCUGUAGAUACGUCGGUCGUUUCGUUUCAUAGUUGCAAAUUCGAGAUGUAAAUUGUUGUAGUCAGAUGAUUGGGAAAGAAAUAAUGCUCUCGUACAACAUUGCUUCCUCAUGUUGUUAGAUGUUCAUGCAUAUUCAUUAUUUUUCCAAUCUUUGAUCAUCAAUUUCUGAAGAACUCCUCCUGGUUAUAGGCUAAAAAAAUGUAGUAUUAAAGAUAUCUCCCUCUCUUUUUAGGCUUUGAAAAUCUUGCUUGUAAAUGUUUCAAA